AGCUAUACUGAUCUUUUUUUUUUAAUUUUAAUUUUUGUACUACUGUAGUAAUGUUUAAAACAAAAAAAGACUAUGAGUUGUGAGAUUUGACUUUCUAUUGACUUCCAACGAUUCAUGAAAAAAAAAAAAUCCUAACAUACCGCUCACCUUCGUAAACCAAAUAGGAUUUCGUCUUCCAUUGUCCAAUCAAAGAAGGUUUUUAGUAUUUACUAACGCUGGAAAGUGGAGACACAGGAAAAAAAGCCUUUUUUAACAGUCUUGUCACCGGUGAGGCAAGAAUUCCCUCAUCGAUGCCUGACGGCAAGUUGUCCCCCGACAGGGCCGAGCCGUCCGUUGCCGCUAAAGCUAAUACCUCUGCUAUACCCUCGCCGAUCGUUGAAAUCAGCGAAGAAGAUGGAGCAAAGGUGGAAAAGAAAGAGAAAGACCCACGAAAGAUAGCUAGAAAGUAUCAAUUGGAGUUGUGCAAGAAAGCCAUGGAAGAGAACAUAAUAGUAUAUUUGGGGACUGGCUGUGGGAAGACCCAUAUUGCAGUGCUCCUUAUUUAUGAGCUUGGUCAUCUGAUACGGAAACCCCAGAAAAGAAUAUGCAUUUUUCUUGCACCCACAGUAGCUCUUGUUCAGCAGCAAGGUCGGGUUAUAGAAGAUUCUCUUGAUUUCAAGGUUGGGACUUAUUGUGGAAACUGCAGGCACUUGAAGAACCAUCAUGACUGGGAAAGAGAGAUUGAACAAUAUGAGGUUCUUGUUAUGACUCCUCAAAUACUACUUCGUAGCUUAUACCACUGCUUCAUCAGGAUGGAUUUAAUUGCUCUUCUGAUAUUUGACGAGUGUCAUCAUGCUCAAAUUAAAAGCAAUCACCCUUAUGCAGAAAUCAUGAAAGUUUUUUAUGACAAAGCUACUGCAUCAAUGCUUCCUCGUAUAUUUGGCAUGACGGCAUCUCCCGUUGUUGGUAAAGAUGCUUCUAGUCGAGUAAAUUUGCCAAAAAGCAUCAACAGUCUUGAAAACUUGCUUGAUGCUAAGGUCUAUUCAGUUGGAGAUAAGGAGGAACUGGAAAGCUUCAUAGCAUCUCCUGUUGUUAGAGUAUAUGAUUAUGGUCCUGUCAAUUUUGGUCCUUCUAGUUCCUACGUGAUUUAUUGUAGUAAACUUGAGGAGAUUAAGCGCCAGUGCAUAUCAGCGCUUGGCAGGAAGAAUGGUGAUUUUCAAUCUGUCAGGAACACUAAAAAGCUGCUCAACAGAAUGCAUGAUAAUAUAAUCUUUUGCUUGGAAAAUCUUGGACUUUGGGGAGCAUUACAGGCUUGCCAACUUCUUUUGACUGGUAAUAACUCUGAGAGGAAUGAAUUGGUAGAAGAUGAAGGAAUUUUAAGCGACGACUCUGUGUGUGAUCGAUAUCUUGCUCAGGCUGCUGAUAUUUUUGCCUCCGAUUGUAGGAGAGAUGGGACUGCACAUGAUUUAUCUGACGUAGAGAUUUUGAAGGAACCAUUUUUCUCGAAAAAGCUUUUACGCCUUACUGGAAUUCUUUCCACCUUCAGGUUACAGCCAAAUAUGAAAUGUGUGCCAAAUAUGAAAUGUAUAAUUUUUGUGAAUAGGAUUGUUACUGCAAGAUCCUUGUCAUACAUACUGCAAAAGCUUAAGUUCCUAUCUUCUUGGAAGUGCCAUUUUCUUGUGGGAGUCCAUUCUGGACUUAAAAGUAUGUCACGGAAGACAAUGAAAAACAUUCUUGAGAAGUUCCGAACUGGAGAGUUGAAUCUUUUGGUUGCAACUAAAGUGGGUGAAGAAGGACUUGAUAUUCAGACAUGCUGCCUUGUGAUACGUUUUGACCUUCCAGAAACUGUUGCAAGUUUUAUCCAAUCGAGAGGUCGUGCAAGAAUGCCUAUGUCUGAGUAUGCAUUUCUGGUGAACAGUGGGAAUGAGAGGGAACUAAAUUUGAUUAAAAAUUUCAAGAAAGAUGAAGAUCGUAUGAAUAUGGAAAUUACUUUCAGAACAUCUACUGAGGUUUUUAUUGAUCUUGAGGAAAGAAUGUAUAAAGUUGAUACAUCCGGUGCUUCCAUCAGUUCAGGAUAUAGCAUCUCUCUACUUCACCAUUACUGCUCAAAACUACCCCAUGAUGAGUACUUUGAUCCCAAGCCAAGCUUCUUUUAUUUUGAUGAUACAGGAGGAACAAUCUGCAAUAUAAUCUUACCUUCCAAUGCUCCAAUAAAUGAAAUUGCCAGUACACCUCAAUCUUCAGUGGAUGCUGCUAAAAAAGAUGCUUGUCUAAAAGCAAUUGAAGAAUUGCAUAAAUUGGGAGCAUUGAGUGACCAUCUCUUGCCUUUGCAAAACAGUGUUCUUGAGGAGGAAACAGUGCUGGUGUCUUCUUAUUCUGGGAGUUCUGAAGAUGAUGAUUCACGAGGUGAACUACAUGAGAUGCUUGUUCCUGCUGCGCUUAAAGAACCAUGGACUAACUUGGAAAGCUAUGUCCUCCUUAAUUCUUAUUAUAUAAAAUUUAUUCCAGAUCCUGAGGAUAGGAGCUAUAAAAAGUUUGGUCUCUUUGUCAAAUCUCCUCUCCCUAAGGAGGCCGAGAGAAUGGAGCUGGAUCUUCACCUAGCUCGCCGUAGAUCAGUGAUGACAAAGCUUAUCCCAUCAGGAGUUGCAGAAUUUAAGAGGGAAGAGGUGAGAACAUUGUGUUCUGUAGAGUUUGUUCUAAUGAACUUACUUACCAAAAUUCACUGUCUAUACCUACAUAAGCAGAUCAUGCAGGCGCAGCAUUUUCAAGAAAUGUUCUUAAAGGUCAUCCUUGACAGAUCAAAACUUCUUUCUGAAUUUGUUCCUUUAGGAAACAAUGAAUUUCUUGCAUCAAGCUCCUCAACAUUCUAUUUAUUGCUCCCUGUUAUUUUGCACAAUAGCGAGAAUAAAGUGACAGUGGACUGGAGGAUUGUGCAAAGAUGUUUGUCAUCUCCACUUUUUAAGACUCCUGCAGAAGCUGUAAAGAAUGAAAACUUCCGUUCAGAUGCUUGCUUACAACUUGCCAAUGGUUGUAAGAGUAUAAGAGACGUUGAGAAUAGUUUGGUGUAUGCUCCACACAAGAAGGCAUUUUACUUUAUUGCUAACAUUGUUGGUGAAAAAAACGGUUACAGCCUGUAUAGAGACUCAGGCACUUUAAGCCAUGUGGAGCACUUAAAAAUGUCUGACAUUCAUCUUAAGCAUCCUGAACAACCUCUUCUGCAUGCAAAGCCACUUUUUAAAUUGCACAAUUUGCUACACAACCGAAAACCGGAGGAUUCAGAAUCACAAGAAUUGGAUGAGUACUUCAUUGAUUUGCCUCCUGAGCUUUGUCAGUUGAAAAUAAUAGGCUUCUCCAAAGAUAUUGGAAGUUCACUUUCUUUGUUACCAUCAAUUAUGCACCGCUUGGAGAACUUGCUUGUGGCGAUUGAAUUGAGGCAUGUUUUUUCUGUGUCAUUCCCCAAGGGAGCUGAAGUUACAGCCAAUAGGGUCCUAGAAGCACUCACUACAGAGAAGUGCCAAGAGCGUUUUUCUCUUGAAAGGCUUGAAACACUCGGUGAUGCCUUCCUCAAGUUUGCUGUAGGCCGCCAUCUUUUUCUUUUACAUGAUGCACUUGAUGAAGGGCAACUGACUAGGAGAAGGUCUAAUGCUGUAAAUAAUUCUAAUUUGUUCAAGCUAGCAACAAGGAGUAAUUUGCAGGUUUAUAUACGCGAUCAACCUUUUGAUCCUUGCCAGUUCUUUGCUUUGGGCCAUCCCUGCCCACUAAUUUGUACCAAAGAAACUGAAGAAACUAUUCAUUCGCAAUAUAGUUAUCAAGUAGAUCAUGCAAAUAGUGAAGUCAGAUGCAGUAGAAAUCACCAUUGGCUACAUAGGAAAACAAUUGCUGAUGUGGUUGAGGCUCUUGUAGGAGCAUUUAUAGUUGAUAGUGGCUUCCAAGCUGCAACUGCAUUUCUUAGAUGGAUUGGCAUACACAUGGACUUCCAAGGUUCUCAAGUUAAUAAUGUUUGUGCUGCAAGCAAGAGGUUCAUGCCACUUUGUUCUAAAGUGGAUACCGGAGCUCUUGAAAAUUUGUUGGGUUAUCAAUUUCUUCACAAGGGUCUACUUCUUCAGGCAUUUGUGCAUCCUUCUCAUAAUACGCAUGGGGGAGGCUGCUACCAGAGAUUGGAGUUUCUCGGAGAUGCUGUCUUGGAUUAUUUAAUCACAUCAUAUCUUUUUUCGGUCUAUCCAAAGUUGAAGCCUGGUCAGUUGACUGAUUUGAGAUCAGUGUCAGUGAACAACAAGUCCUUUGCCAAUGUUGCAGUAGAUAGAUCCUUACACAAAUUUCUUAUCCAUGAAUCUUGUCCCCUCAACGAGGCCAUAGAAAAAUAUGUUGACUUCAUUACAUCAUCACCAGAAAGGGGAUUGUUUGAAGGGCCAAAAUGUCCAAAGGCUCUUGGUGACUUGGUAGAGUCUUGUUUCGGUGCUAUUCUCCUUGAUACUGGGUUCAACUUGAACCAUGUUUGGAAGAUAAUGCUAUCCCUUUUGGAUCCAAUCAAGAGCCUUUCAAGUGUGCAGCUCAAUCCUAUCAGGGAAUUACAGGAACUUUGCCAGUUUCGUAAGUGGGAUCUGAAGUUUCCAACAUCUAAAAGUGGCAGAAACUUUUCAGUGGAUGCAAAAGUAAAUGCAGGAGAUGUUCUGGUAGCUGUUUCUGCAAUCAACCCUAACAGAAAAGAUGCUAUCAGAACUGCUUCACAUCAAAUAUAUGUAAAGUUAAAGGAUCUAGGUUAUGCACCCAAGUCAAAGUCCUUAGAGGAAGUUUUAAAGGGAAGCUGCAAGAUGGAAGCCAAACUGAUUGGAUUUGAUGAAAAACCAAUUGAUGUUGCUGAUCCUUAUACUAAUGGAUUUGAAAACAUGAAAUUGCAGCAAUCUAUUGUGAAUGAUUUCAACCCCGAAACCUAUUCCAUUAAUAAGGCAACUACUAUCUGUCCACCUUGCAUCUCACCUGUUACCAGACCUCUGCAUUCUUUUGAAGUCAAAGCAGGAUGGACGUCAUCAAAUAUUGAAAUCAAAGGGCCGCUCCCCAAUAUCUCCAUAGUGGAUCCUAAUUGUGGGAUUGACUUGCUAUCCAGAGGUGAAUCACAUAAACGGACUGCCAGAUCACAGUUAUAUGAAAUUUGUACUAUCAAUUGUUGGAAACCCCCUUUGUUCGAAUGUUGCAAAGAGGAAGGACCAAGCCAUUUGAGAUCAUUCAUUUACAGGGUAAUUCUUGAAAUGGAAGAAGCCCCAGAUAUGAUCUUGGAGUGCUUUGGCAGUCCUAGAACCACAAAGAAGGCUGCAGCAGAGCAUGCAGCGGAAGGCGCACUCUGGUACUUGAAACAUGAAGGAUACUUACAGUAGAUUACUUGACAGACUUAACCUCAUUGCCAGGCAUGUUGAAGAUCUUCCCCUGCAGAUGUAGUUUUAGAUGGUAGCUUGAAUUUAGUCAAUUUUACUAUCCCAAUUCAAUGGUUUUAGUCAUUCUUAUUCCAAUUUUAAUGUUCAUUCUUACACUUUCAUUAGAAGUCGAGUUAAAGGAUAAUUAAUAACGGCAUUAAAAAUUUGCUUUUAACUUGCAUAUACGAUAUGGCAUUUUGGUGAUGACCUUGCAUGCUUAGUUAGAUUAAUUUUUUUGACCAAAAUAAAUCAUAUUUUACUUAAAUUAAACAAUAAUAACUAUAUUUUGUGCUAACG